AGAGAUAAAGCUCCUAUCGGCCUGAUGUCUUCAGGAGUGGCCCCAGAGAAAUCUGCCUCCAACACCAUGGGCCCCAAAGAGGUGGAGCUGAUCCUGGUGAAGGAGCAGAACGGCGUCCAGUUCACCGCCAGCACCCUGGUGGUGGCGGCCGGGGCGGGGCCGGUGGCGGCCCCGCCCCAGACGGACCCCAGCGGGGGGCCCGUGGAGAGGGAGACCUGGGGCAAGAAGAUCGACUUCCUGCUGUCCGUCAUCGGCUUCGCCGUGGAUCUGGCCAACGUCUGGAGGUUCCCCUACCUGUGCUACAAGAACGGAGGGGGUGCAUUCCUGGUGCCCUACAUGUUCUUCAUGGUGAUAGCGGGGAUGCCUCUCUUCUACAUGGAGCUGGCCCUGGGGCAGUACAACAGAGAGGGGGCCGCUGGGGUCUGGAAGAUCUGCCCCAUAUUCAAAGGCGUGGGCUACACGGUGAUCCUGAUCUCGCUGUACGUGGGCUUCUACUACAACGUGAUCAUCUCCUGGGCCCUGUUCUACCUCUUCUCGUCCUUCACCAGCGAGCUGCCCUGGGUCCACUGCAACAACACCUGGAACAGCCCCAACUGCUCCGACUGGGCGCACAACAGCUCCAUCAACGACUCGCAUAAGGCCACGCCCGCGCAGGAGUACUUUGAACGUGGAGUUCUCCACAUCCAGGACAGCGGAGGAAUCGACGACCUGGGAAAGCCUCGCUGGCAGCUGACCUCCUGCCUGGCGGUGGUGAUCGUGCUGCUCUACUUCAGCCUCUGGAAGGGGGUCAAGACCUCUGGCAAGGUGGUGUGGAUCACGGCCACCAUGCCCUACGUGGUGCUCACCGUCCUUCUGAUUCGUGGGGUCACGCUGCCCGGGGCCAUGGACGGCAUUAGGGCCUACCUCUCCGUGGACUUCCUGCGACUCUGCGAUGCCCAGGUCUGGAUCGAGGCGGCGACGCAGAUCUGCUUCUCUCUGGGCGUCGGGUUCGGCGUGCUCAUCGCCUUCUCCAGCUACAACAAGUUCAGCAACAACUGCUACAGAGAUGCCAUCAUCACCAGCUCAAUCAACUCCCUGACCAGCUUCUUCUCCGGCUUCGUGGUGUUCUCCUUCCUGGGCUACAUGUCCCACAAGCACAACGUGCCUCUGGACAAGGUUGCUCGAGAUGGCGCUGGGCUGGUGUUUGUGAUUUACCCAGAGGCCAUUGCAACGUUGCCUGGGUCAUCCGUUUGGGCGGUAAUCUUCUUCAUCAUGCUACUGACCUUGGGCAUAGAUAGUGCUAUGGGAGGUAUGGAGUCUGUGAUCACUGGGCUGAUCGAUGAGUUUAAGUGCCUCCACAAGCACCGGGAGCUCUUCACGCUCUUCAUCGUCGUCUCCACCUUCCUCAUAUCCCUGUUCUGCGUCACCAAUGGAGGCAUGUAUGUGUUCACACUCUUGGACCACUUUGCGGCGGGAACAUCCAUCCUGUUUGGAGUGCUCAUUGAGGCAAUUGGCAUCGCAUGGUUCUACGGCGUGGACCGCUUCAGUGAUGACAUCGAGGAGAUGAUAGGUCACAGACCAGGCUUGUACUGGCGGCUGUGCUGGAAAUUUGUCAGCCCCUGCUUUCUACUGUUCAUGGUCGUGGUGAGCUUCGCCACAUUCAACCCUCCAAGCUAUGGUUCGUACACGUUUCCCACGUGGGCUAACAUGGUGGGCUGGUGCCUUGCCAUCUCUUCCAUGAGCAUGGUUCCCCUCUACGCCAUCUACAAGCUAUGCUCACUUCCUGGGAAGUUCUGCGAUAGAAUAGCUUACGCCAUCACCCCUGAGACAGAACACCACCUGGUGGACAACGGCGAAGUGCGACAGUUCACGCUGCAACAUUGGUUGGCCGUCUGAGGAGCUGAAUCGCACGCAGGAAGAUAGCGAAAAAGAGAG